UGGAUUAAGAUAUUUUUUUUAAGUUACCCCCUUACUACCUACCUAUCUUAAGUGAUGAGUAAAUCUCUUCUAAUAAUGCCAUUAUGGAUUCAACCUUGAACAAUGAAUCCCAGGAGGUACUCGAAAAUGAAAUCGCAGACUUAGAACUCCGCCUCCAAAGAGCCAAACAUCGCCUAGCGAAAUCAGAUACCGCGAAUAUUAAAAAACCAUCUCUUUCCUACCCGUCAUCACAAUCCGCACACCACUACCUCCUCCUACUCUCAGACUCGGCCCUCCCACUAGGAUCCUUCGCCUUCAGCUCCGGACUAGAAUCAUACCUAGCACACACGCGGCGCGGACCCCGCCCCGGCGGCCCCUCAUUCUCCACCUCGGCGUCUGCGUCGGCGUCUCCGUUCUCGUCUUUCCUCCCGCUGUCCAUAUCCUCCUACGCCAGCACCGCUCUACCCUUCACACUCGCCGCCCACCGCGAUCCAACACCGGAUACAGUCGCCGACCUAGACGACGCGCUAGACGCGGCCAUCGUGUGUGCUGUCGGUCGCCGCGCUUCCGUCCAGCAGGGCCGCGCGCUCUUGGCUAUUUGGGAGAAAAGUAUUGCUGCGGCUGCGGAUCCGCGUGGGGUGCUGGUGCCGUAUGCGGAGGUGUUGCGUGCCGGUACGGCUGGUGGUGGUGGUGGUGGUGAUGGUAAUGAAGUACUACCGCCUCCUGCGUCGGCGCACCUGGCGCCUCUUUUCGGCGCCGUGGCUAGUUUAUGCGGGCUUAGCUUACGACAGACGGCGUAUGUGUUCAUGCUAAGUCACGUCAAGGCGCUUGUCUCGGCCGCCGUCCGAGCCGGGCUGUUUGGCCCGUACCAGGCGCAGCGGAUUCUCGCGGGUGGCGAGGUGCAGAGCUUGCUGACGGAAGUGAUUGCGCGGGAGUGGGAUACGGCGGUUGAAGAGGCGGGGCAGAGCGUGCCGGUGAUGGAUUUGUGGAUUGGACGGCAUGAGUUGUUGUAUUCUAGGAUAUUCAAUAGCUGAUGAGUGUUAGGCAAGGGAGAUAUAGGAAAUGGUUACGGUUGAGGGUGUGUGAUUAUGACAAUUUGAGGGCGCUU